UAUUCUGAGGCGCGUGGUAGUGAUGGCGGCGCUCAGCGAGGCUUUCCUGUCACUGGGUACUACUACUCCCAGCCCGCCUCGGAGCCGCCCGAGCCACCCCUCGGUCUUUCGUCUACGAGUGGCAAUUUGACUUGCUCUGCUGCAUGUCUGGAGGGACCGAGCAAAGUGUGGAGACGCCCCGGGGACUUAGGGAUCGCAGUUUGGAAAGCAAGCCAGCCAGACAAAUAAACAGAACCCACCCGCCCUAACAGAUAUGAGGCUGCUGGAGAGGGCGAGGAAAGAAUGGUUCAUGGUCGGGAUAGUGGUGGCGAUCGGCGCCGCUAAGCUCGAGCCGUCGGUCGGAGUGAACGGGGGACCGCUGAAGCCGGAGAUAACUGUGUCCUACAUUGCCGUUGCAACGAUAUUCUUCAACAGUGGACUGUCAUUAAAAACGGAGGAGCUGACCAGCGCACUGGUGCACUUGAAGCUGCAUCUUUUCAUCCAAAUCUUCACUCUUGCCUUCUUCCCAGCAACAAUAUGGCUCUUUCUUCAGCUUUUAUCAGUCACAUCCAUCAACGAGUGGCUUUUAAAAGGUCUGCAGACAGUAGGUUGCAUGCCACCCCCUGUGUCUUCUGCCGUCAUUUUAACCAAGGCAGUUGGUGGAAAUGAGGCAGCUGCGAUAUUUAAUUCAGCAUUUGGAAGUUUUUUGGGCAUUGUUGUGACUCCAGUGCUCCUGCUGCUUUUUCUCGGCUCAUCCUCUUCGGUGCCUUUUACAUCCAUUUUCUCUCAGCUCUUUAUGACGGUGGUGGUUCCUCUUGUCAUUGGACAGAUCGUCCGACGCUACAUCAAGGACUGGCUGGAGAGAAAGAAGCCGCCUUUCGGUGUUGUCAGCAGUAGUGUGCUGCUCAUGAUCAUCUACACCACCUUCUGUGACACUUUCUCCAACCCAAACAUCGACCUGGACAAACUCAGCCUCAUCCUCAUACUGUUCAUAAUAGUCUCCGUCCAGCUGAGCUUCAUGCUUCUGACUUUCAUCUUCUCCACACGGAAUAACUCGGGGUUCACACCAGCAGACACAGUGGCUAUCAUCUUCUGCUCCACACACAAGUCCCUCACCUUGGGAAUCCCGAUGCUGAAGAUAGUGUUUGCAGGCCACGAGCAUCUCUCGCUGAUAUCCGUGCCCUUGCUCAUCUACCACCCAGCUCAGAUCCUCCUGGGAAGUGUGCUAGUGCCAACAAUAAAGUCUUGGAUGGUGUCCAGGCAGAAGGGGGUGAAGCUGACAAGGCCAACAGUGUGACUCAGGUGGCGCUGCCUUCCUGGAGUGUGUACAUACAUGUACAGGCUGUACAUACAGGGGUUCUGAGGCCCUGUCCUUGGCAAUGUUGUUUUGAUGCCUAUUUUAUUUUUUUACAGAAAAAAAUAUGAUAUACCUGUUUAAGUGCCUUAAAAUGUUUUUGACAAGAGCGUUAUUUCCAAAACACACUCUGUUGGUUACUGCCAAGGGUAGUAUAGUAUUUUGGACUUAAUUUUUUCCCCUAAGGCAGAAAAAAAAACUUCUAGCAAGGGACAAAAGCUAACACGUUUUCUUCGUACUGCCUUUGUGCAAGACUCUAGUAGCACUAUAACGUUCAAAAUGAGGUCAUGCCAUCCAGAACCUCCCUCCUGGUGACAGUGAAAGAUUCCAAAGUCUCACUCGCACACUUUGAUUCACUGUGCGGUUCUUUGUUUCUAAGACUGUGACGGGGCUCUUCCUUAUCAACUCAGCAGGGGAUGUCGAUCGCAGAGACGCUGAGACGCGUCAGGUACCUCAUUCCUUGACACCGUCUUCUCUAGACAGCCCUUCCAUUAGUCCCUGCACACUCCAGAAACUCUUUAGUCCCAGCACAAGAGUGUGUGGGGGCUGGGGGAGUGCAGCUUAAAUGUGUUACCAGAUGCUUCAAAGAAAGUCGGGAUGAGUGCUGAGGUAAAUCCGGACUGCCUUGGGAUGUUUGCAGUCCUGCCUCAGUAUGCUCCUCUCUUCUACCAUUCCUCAGUUUCCCAUUUCACUUGCACACUCACAACAUCCCCGUGCAACACACAAAUGUCACAGUCAGCUGGAGAGUCACAGACAUCAACAGUGGAUUGUGUUCACAUUCCACGGCUGGUUCCAAGUGCAUUCCUGUUACACCGUUCCAAAUCGUUCCUGUUGGCAAGACACAACCUGUUACACCCUUUAAUUAAGCGCACUUGAGACAUCUGAGACGACUUAUGAAUGAGAACGUCCUUCCCUCAUUUGACAGAUGUUCACAACAUCUCUUAAGAAAUCAAAUCACGUAGCCUUAGGAGCCAGAGAAAAUAAACAUGAGGCCACGGGCGUGAGCUAAUGUUACAUGUCCACACUGCUAGUCGGGUGGAAGAAGGGCUGGCCCAGAAGGGCAGGCAGGACCUUCCCACUCACCAAGCUGUCAAACAGGAUGAGUCCUGGAACUGGGCAUCAGCUUUCAAAAGGACUCCAGAAAAGCCUACACUGAACCCAAACAGAAACUAAGGCAGCCACCUGAACGGCGGUGGCAGCGUCUUUCCUGAGCUUCCUGCUUAGUGCUCGAGCAGCUAUCACGGAUCUCCCAGCAGCGGCCUUUGCUGUUGGUACUGGGGCUGUGGUCCCACAAUGAAUCACUCCUUCAGAAUUCCCUGGGCUUUUCAGUGGUGUUGGCUCAGGUUAUGGUUAGCAUUGGUGUUGUAGAUGAUGGUAGUUUAUGCCAUAGUUACCGUGGUUGACACUGGUGUUGGGUGUUAGCACCAGGUCUUCUGUGUCCGUGUCUCGGGACUUCAUAACUGAGCAGAGCUAUAACACUGGGGUCAGGCCUGGCGGAGAUCCAGCUGCACAGCCUGUGGGGACCAUGCUGGGGACGAGGAGGCAGUGUAUCUGGUAAGUGUGCUACCUCCAUGGAGCACAAAGGUUUUCAAGUCUCGCCCCCACAGCCUUGGGGCUUUAGAGGAAGUGGACGUUGUCUGCCUGCCAGAGUUGUAGACUCAACCCUUCCAUCAUUUGAACACUGGUCUCCCCACCGACCGCAUCUACCUCUCUGUGCACGACACUUGCAGUAGGCGUGACUGCAACAAAGUUCAACUGAAGACGCUAUGGUAACAUUUUCUCCUUUGCUUUAAAAAUGUCUUUUGUUUUCAAACAAAACUGAUAUAGAUCAUGAGUUUUGGGAGCUUUAGUAACAUGUCUGUGACUACUUCUCCUUGUACACAAAUAUGAUAGCAUAUUUUUCAUGGUAAGGAAAAAAUAAAAUCAAAAUUUGCUUUAAUUUCUGCUCAUUAGGAUUGAACUGUCAGCUUAAAAUAUUUCCUAUGUUUCUGCACUGUCAAUAUCUGUUUUAUAUAUUUGUUUGUCCAAAUAUACCUAUAAAAAAAUGCAUUCGACAGUUAUGUUUACUCGUUCCUACCUGGAAUUUGUUUUAAAUGGCUGGAACUUUAAGGAGUGGUACUGCAGUCUUUACGCAUGUUACAAAUGUUAAGGUUCUGUGGAUUUUUAAAAUUCUUCCCUGUUCUGUUUUAAACUGGCACACCUCUGGUUGACACUCAGUGUUUAUGCUAAAAACCAAAUUCUUUCAAAGAGAUGGCUAAUUAAGUGGAUUAUUUAUAAUGAAUGGAAAUUUAAAAAAAAAAAUUCUAUGAUUAAACUGAGAGUACUUGACGAAUCUCUGG